AUCGACUUAUAUAUCGACUUAAAAUAGUUACAAUUAAAAUACAAGUAUGUCCACAGCGGUAAAUGUAUUUUAAUUAACAUUAUUAAUCAACAAUAUUUUUUUAUAAUGACUUGUCAUUUUGAUGAAAGAACGAGAUACACGGCCUCCGUUUUGACUAUCUCUCUCGUGAAAAAUACACUUUAAUUGAUUGUAUUAAAGUUCAUUUUAAUGCAUUCAUAAAAAGUUCUAUUAUAUUAGUACUACGUUCAUUCAUUGGAAAUUGAUUGGAUUGAAUCGUAGAUUUAUUAUUUUUAUGAUAUUUUCUAACUAGACGUCUCAUUUAACAACAGGCACUUGUUUGUUUCUAUAAUAUUAUUCUAUGGUUUCUUUCAGAAAGAAUUUAAAUGCUUGGUUUGUGUUUGAAUAGUGUGAAGUCUGUUAUUAAAAGUAAAGAAUUUGAUCGUAGUUAAAUUUUUUUUAUAAAAGGAUUCAUUCAUAUGCAUUCAUUUAUUACCUUCUUCUUUCUUACUCUGUGCAUACCUACAAAGUACUUUGUGAUACCUACUAAGUCUGUGCUCUGUGCAUUAAUUACUCUUUGUUUACUAUAAGGUUUAUUUAUUUUUCCGAGUGUUUAUUUCUGUAAAUAAGUAUAGAUACUUAAUUACUUAUUUGAAAAAAGUAGACCUAUUUCCAAUCUUAUAGUUGAGUCCCAAAUAAGAAUUAUGAGGGAGGAUAAUGAUGAUUACAAAUUUGCCGCUUGUACUUUUUUUGCUAAAGACCAUCCAGGAGAAACUUGCGGCAGCAACGGCCUACCGCUAACACCAAGUUCAGUCACUAUUAUAGGCCAAGCGCAGCGAUUGCUCAUUCUAAAACAUCCAAAUUUGUGCACAUAUCUGGACAUCAUCCGGUGUAAACAUGAACGAAUUAUUGUGGUAGCAGAAGUCAUAGGGAAAUCUCUUAAAGAAACUAAGUCAAAAUUUUCUUUUGAAGAAAUAGUAAACAUUGGCUUGCAAAUUGCAAAUGCAUUGAAUUUUUUACAUAAACUAGAUAUAACACACAGAACACUGUCAGAUGAUAAUAUUUUAAUAGACAGUAAUGGUCAAGUGAAGCUUUUCAACUAUGGUAUGAAUUACAUGACAAAAGAAGGAAAUGAAGUGGCUUUUCCUAUUGGGAUUCCAAGAUAUUUUAGUCCAGAGACAAUACUAAGUGGAGGAGGACCAUCUGCAGACGUGUGGUCCUUUGGAAUUAUCCUUUUGGAAUUGUGUAUAGGAAAACUAUGGCAGAAUUUAAAACCAGGUCCUAUAUUACGGAGAAUACUCACAUUGGUCCAUGCUGGCAAUGCUGCAGAGAGAAUUGCUAGAGAAAAUGAUUACUAUGAUAUUUAUAAGCAAGUACCAGAUUAUCUCAAAAAUAUAAUAGAAAAAUGUUUGAAAAUCUAUCCCAGCGAAAGAGCAACUUUUGAAGAAUUAGUAUCUGAACUGUCUUGUUUAAAUACUAAAACACAUGUGGAGAUAAAAAGGGUUCGUGGUCUAAUGGGAUGUGACCUGCAUGUGCUUUACCAUCUGUGGCAACUGGCUGGUGGGGAUGUUCAGGCUGAGUUGAAGAAGAAUUGUCUCAUUAAGAACAGUCCUCCUAUAUUGUCUAUGCCUAUAGCUAUUUUGCUGGACGGCUGUACAAUAGGUGGCAAAACAGGAGCCCUGUUUGAUCGUCGCAUAGCAAAAUACAGUUUAGAUUUACUGAAACUGCGUCUCAGUCAUAUUUCUCCACAUGACUUCUAUCCUCUGAUGCAUGAGAAAAGGAAAGUCUAUGAUGCUGUAACUCUUCCUAAGAUAAUCAGGGAAAGAGACACGGAAUACCAGUUUUAUAGACUAUUGUGGUUUCAGAGGCUUUUGAAGGGAUAUCCACAUACAGCAGCAUACAUAAGGGCUGAAGCGGAAGUAGAUAUACCUCCCCUGUUACGUGGUGACGUGUGGGCGGCGUUACUCGGCGUCUGUGGUGACAUUGAAAGCCAGUACGAGAGAAUCGAUAAAGAAACUCCUACCCCUACCGAUAAACAGAUAGAUGUGGACAUUCCCCGAUGCCACCAAUACUGUCUUCUGCUGUGUGGUGAAGCCGGACACCGGGCACUCAAGCGACUCCUAAAAGCUUGGCUACUUACAAACCCGCAGUAUGUCUACUGGCAGGGACUGGAUUCAUUGACUGCACCAUUCUUGUUUUUGAAUUUUUGUAACGAAGCUCGCGCUUUUGCUUGCUUGCAAGCGUUCGUGCCGAAAUUUCUACACAAUUUCUUCCUGAAAGAUAACAGUUCCGUGAUAAAGGAAUACUUGGCGAAGUUUUGGCAAAUGGCCGCUUUCCACGAACCAGAAUUGGCCACCCAUUUGCACGAGAUAAAUUUUGUUCCCGAGUUGUUUGCUAUACCGUGGUUCUUGACGAUGUUUUCACAUGUGUUUCCUCUUCACAAAAUACUACAUCUAUGGGACGCUCUCCUGGUUGAAGGGCCAUCUUUGCCCUUAUUCAUGGGGGUGGGGAUCCUCCGACAACUACGCGAUACACUAUUGUCCUCUGGCUUCAAUGAGUGUAUAUUACUUUCUUCAGAUUUGCCUGAAAUAGAUAUAGGAGAAUGUGUCAAGGAAUCAAUUAAUAUGUGUCGCAGUUCACCACGGAGUAUAAGUUACCGAAGAUACACCAAUGAACCUGCUGUAAAAGAACCGGCGGACGACGUCGUGAUACCAAUGGAAACGUUGUUCAGUGAAAUAUGUCCCCGGAUCAGUCUGUCCGACUUCUUCUCCUUGGUGUGUCAGGACAAGUGUUGCGUCAUUGACAUAAGAUCUAAUUUACUGUACGAAAAGAGUUGCAUAGAAGGAAGUAUCAAUGUUCCGUACAGCGGUGUGCAACUUGGUCAGCAUGAGCUGAGAGCCCUAGGGCUUCGCCCCCAGCGUGUUAUUUCUGAAGCUGUCAAACAAAAGAAGACAGUUGUUGUCGCUUCCGCUGAAGAUGAGACAGCACAACUGUGCGAGUUUUUCCUCGGAGGAUUUUCUCUAUUAGCGAGUCGGAGGCGCAGUACCAGCCGCCCCGACAUGGAGGGAUACUUCGAUAAUGACCUGAAGGACGUCUUCGAGGCGGACAUUGACCCGGUGAGUCGACCUUGCUUGAUUGAUAUACGUUAUCGUCUACAAGUGAUGAGCUCCUAUCUCACACUCGGGAUGAUUAAAAUGUUGUUUCCACUCCCAAGAGAAAUAGCUCGUUAA